AUGGGAUCUACUUCGUUUCGUUCCCCGCCAAUUCAUCAGGCCGAGGGCCUGCCCUAUUUUACCCCCGCCAACAAUGCCGGAGCAGCUAUAAACCCACAGGAUCCCAACACCCCGACGCUGUUCCGCCCUUUACGAAUUCGAGAUGUCACUCUCAAGAAUCGCGUGAUCGUGGCACCUAUGUGCACUUACUCCACCGAAUCAGAUCCCACUUCUCCGGCUGUAGGCGCGCUCACGGACUUUCACAUCGCGCACCUAGGUCAUUUGGCCACAAAGGGUGCCGGUCUGAUUUUCAUCGAAGCCACAUCAGUUCAGCGCAAUGGACGCAUUUCGCCCAAUGAUUCUGGCCUUUGGCAGGACGGGACAGACUCCGAACAAUUCAAAGGACUCUGCCGCGUGGUGAAUUUCGCUCACAGUCAAGGGGCUAAAAUCGGAAUUCAGCUUGCUCACGCCGGCCGGAAGGCUAGCACGGUGGCGCCCUGGCUCGCAUCACAAGCAAAGCAACGUGGCAUCAAAGCUGAUGAAAGUGUUGGUGGCUGGCCAUUAGAUGUGGUUGGCCCCUCUGGUGGGGAAGAGCAAAUUUGGGCACCUGGCGAUCAAUUCUGGCCCCCUCGCGAGCUUGAAACGGCGGAGGUUGAAGAAAUUGUUCGCGCAUUUGCACGAAGUGCAGGGCUUGCUGCACAGGCCGGAGUGGAUGUAAUUGAGAUCCAUGGUGCCCACGGAUAUUUGCUCCACCAAUUCCUCAGCCCGGUUACCAAUCGACGAACCGACAAAUAUGGUGGCAGCUUUGAGAACCGCACUCGAUUCUUAUGCGAGGUGGCUGCCGCCAUUCGUGCCGUCGUGCCCAGUGGAAUGCCCUUGUUCCUUCGUAUCAGUGCAACAGACUGGCUCGAGAAUCAAACUGUCGCAGCAGGAACCGGAAGCUGGGACAUGCCAUCCUCAAUUCAACUUGCCAAAUUAUUACCGGACCUAGGCAUUGACUUUCUGGAUGUCAGCUCAGGCGGUAAUCACAAAAGCCAACGUAUUGAGCCUCACACGAACUAUCAGAUUGACCUCGCUGGCCAAAUUCGUCAGGAAAUCCACGCCGCCAACCAUACGACGCUGGUUGGAGCUGUUGGCUUUAUUACAGAGGCCCAGUCCGCUCGCGAUAUUGUUCAGGGCGCAGAAGAAGAGGCACAGGCGACCGAAGCAAUGCUGUCUGGCCCAAAGCCUCAGGCUGAUGCCGUAUUGAUGGCCCGUCAAUUUCUGCGUGAGCCCGAAUGGGUGCUAAUGGCAGCCAAGAAGCUAGGUGUGAAAGUAUCUCUCCCGUGGCAGUUUGCUCGGGGCUUACUGUGA